AUGGACCUCCCAGCAGAGAUUGUUGAAAUCAUCGCAUCCCAUUUGCCAUCCAACGACCAGUACCAAGGGCUUUUUGUAUGCAAAGGCUGGUACGCUCCAUUUUGUCGAUCCCUUUAUCGACACAUUGAGUUCAAAAAUCGACCUCAAUUCAAGACAUGGCUCAACACGAGUAGCCAGCAUAAAUGCCUGGUACGGUCCCUCCAAUUUGGCCACUAUGGUGCAAAAUACAAUGACCCACAGGAGCAACAGCAAAACAGUGUGGAUUGUGUCACCGGUGCGACGCCAUUGUAUUCAAUGGAGGUUGGUGUUACGUCCAAAGAGCUUUCAACAGUGCUUGAACAACUGCCGUUGCUGGAAUCUGUGCAGUUUGACUCGAGAUUGUGGCAAUACCUCAACACACAACAACUAGAAAUAGCAGCAAAAAAUAGGCUUUUGACCUUACCAGCCCUGGACCAUCCAAGGCAGCUUAGUUUUAUUCAAUCUAAACGAGGUCUGCUGAUGUCAAGUUUGCAUCUACGUGGAUCAGACAUGUUUCAAUUGCAUAAAAAAGGCUUGUUCCUGGACAUUUUUCAAUCGACCCCAAGCCUAAUGGAACUGGUCGUGGAUACGGAUGGCUUGGCUGAUUCAAAGCACAUCAUGUCGUUCUCAAUGCAGGAUAUGGAAGCAUUGCAUCUAUCAUUACCGCACUUGAAGAGACUGGUGCUGGUGGAUUCGGUGCGCUUGGUGGAGCCCAGCAGCUUGAAUCAUGACGAUAAUAGUGGACAGCAAAGCAUACAAUCGACAAGGCUGGAAAAACUACAUUUGCAUGUUCAGAUUGACAAGUACGGCGUUCAUCAGUGGCUCAACUACUUUGGUUAUAAAUACCCAGUGUUGACGGAUUUAACACUGCAUUUAUCUUCCCCCUAUCAGAUACCUCGGCCACAAUCGCAACAAUUGGCACUAGAACAUUCAGAAAAACCAGCCUUGGCAGCCUUUAUCGGUAAGCUUCCUUUGCUCGAAAAACUGGCGAUCGACCACAGCAUGUCCAAGCUAUACCUCAGUGACACGACCAUCCACAGCUUGUCCGACAAGAACAAGCACUUGGAUCAAUUGCAAGUGGGAUUAUGGGGAGAUGGCGUGGAAUCCACUCACAGUGCUUUACAGUGUGUCACUACCAACUCAAUGACAAUCAACAGCAUUUCCCAUCUGUGCAUCCCUCUGUGGAGUUCCGAGAAGUCGAUUGAUUUUUCUCUCUUGUCUAAAUUACACCAAUUAACUCAUUUAGAACUGAUCGACAGGGCUGGCGGCCCACGACAAAAGCACGCUAUUUCUAGAGCGGGCGCCCUGUUCAAUGAGCAAAAGAACCAUCCUGGAUACCCAAUUGACAUCAUCUUGACAUCGUGCCCCUAUUUAACACAUUUAAAGCUGCACAACGGCCAAAUCCCAUCACGUACACACCAGCAGCAACUGCAGCCUCACAUACGCUUGAAGUCGCUGCGAAUGGAUCGAGUGGAAAUCUACGAGACCAGCGAUGUGUUCCAAUACCUAUCAAACGCAUGUCCAAAUCUAACGCAUGUAUUUCUCAGAAAAUGCAUAUCAGACAGCUUUGACCUUGCCCUGCCCAAUCUGAAUCUCACUCGAGUCGUCUUGUCAGACUUGAGGCAGUAUCCAGAUCAACAACUGGACCACUUGGCUCUGUUUCAGCAACAGCGAUCCACCACAGAUAUCCGUCUAUACAAAUCCCUCCUUCACUCACACACAUUUCGACCCUUUAUUCGUCGUCUCAAGAAAAUGCAACACUCUCAUAUCUAUCUGGAAUGUCAAUCUGUUGAUCAAUUGAUAUUCAAUGGCUGUAGAAUAUAG